UCCAGUGUGACAAGCAGCUUUGUCCAUCCAGCAGAAUCUAAGGUUAUCUAUGCGACAUGGCGUCUACUACUCAAAAGCCUAAAAUCGACUCGCUUAAUGCUUUUAUUCACCAACGUUUGACGAACAUCGCGGCAGAAAUAUGUCAGGUUUUUCAGGAGACUUUGUCUGCGUACCAGGAGGAAAUAAACCACUCCAAACAGGAAAAUGUUUAUCUCAGGAAAAUGCUGGCUGAAAUCACACUCGACAGAACAGAGAGGCUAGAUGCACAGAGCAGCCAAGCAGAUGGAUUUCCUCCAGAGAAGCAGAACUCCAGCCAAGCACCAACGGACCCAGAGACAUCAGUAAUACAAGUGAAACUGGAGCUUAGUACCACGCAGCAGGAUCUUGAACUACCAAAGCAAUCGUGUCCUUCUCUUGCUUGCAGCCCGGAACGCUCAGACAGAGCUGAAGAAUCUCAUCAUGAUACGUCAGAUGAACUGAAUCUGCAAAGUCAUGCAGACGGAGUUCCUGUUCUUCUUAAACAGACAAACUUCAACCACGAGCCACAAAACUGCAAUCCCACACAAAUCCAGGUCAAGCUGGAACCUUUGACCGAACAUGAGAAGGCUGAGUCACAAGAGCAGCUGAAUAAUGCUUCUUCAUUCGGCUCCUCCCCUGUAAGGACUGCUGGUAGACCUGGACAGCCUCAGUCUUUCUCUGUUAAUACAGUGAAUGUCCUGGCAAAAAAAGAUCACUGUUCCACCACAACCAUAGCAGUCUCACGCAAACCAGAAAUGUGGAACUGUACAGGUAUCUCUUCUGAUAUUUCAUGUACGCCUGGGAAAAGCGAUAUUCAGUUCGAGCCUUCCAUAAAAGACGAGCCCGUUUCCCAGUCCACUCCUCAAUACGAGAAACUGCCAAAUGACUUUUCGCGUCUGAAACCUCGCUUUCAGAGUCACAUCUCUUACAAGCCGCUUUACUGUGAAGUGUGCAGAAAGCCUUUCCAAAACGAAUGGCAACUGAAAAGGCAUUUGCUGAAGCACCAGAACAAGCGACCGAACUGCUGCGAGUUGUGCGGGAAGUGCUACAGUACACCACAUGUGCUCAAAAUCCACCUCCGGACUCACACAGGAGAGAGACCGUAUCACUGCAAGUUCUGUGAAAAGACAUUUAGUCAGAUAGGUCACUUGAAAGGGCAUGAAAGGAUUCACACUGGAGAAAAAAUUUACAGCUGCUCAGUAUGUGGGAAAUGUUUCACGUGGUUGAGUCAAGCCAAAGAGCACAUUCGGAGCCAUCCUGGUCAGAUGGCUAGAGUUCAAAGAAAAAUCAAUCAGUGAUUUAAGAAAAGCACAGGAUAUGCGUUUCUGAUGCUUAAUUUGGAUUUUUCUAACUUUUGUCUAGAUUUAGAUUUCUAAACCUGAUUUCUUUUUAAUUUUAAAGGGAAAAUUAUAAGAGAGAAUACUGGAUCUCAAAAGAGAUUUAUAUUAAAAUAUAAAUAAAGAGAAUACCUCAGCUCCUGUAUUUCAGUUUCCAGCAGCUUAGUUGUUACAAGAAUAAUAAACACAAUAAAAUAAAACACAACAGGUCAUGCUGCUAUGAAAAUAAUCAAAAGCAAUCAAAAUAUUUUCCCUGUAACAGUUUGUCUUGUAGUGUUUUAUUCAUCUUUUACCACAACAAUUAAACUGUUAGAAUUUCUAACAUAUUAAUUAUCAUAUCAUACCUUUUAUCCAUUUAUAGUUAUAUAUUUAUAGACAUUUAGUGUCGUGUAGCACCUACAAUACAAAUUCCUGUUAUCAAGACCUACAUUAUAGCAGCUACAAACAGCUGUUUUUCCUCAGCAGGUAACGGGGAUAAAAUAUACAGAGUGCAUAAUGAGGAGUGUGUUAAAAGUGUUGAUACGGUUUAUGAUUUCUUGUGGUGUCUGGUUCAACUGUGCUGUUUUGGAAAACAAGGACACAGGAUGCUUCCUAUAUAUAUUUCAACUGAGAUAUGUAAUUGACUCGUCAGUGCUACGUUCUUCAGCCUGUGAUUUGGAAAUCAAAUAAUGUCCAACGUCUUCAAGGUCAAUUCUUUUUGAUAAAAGCAUUCAGAGGAAUGAAAACAGAUGGGGAUUUCUGGGCCAGAAUAAAUAGUUGCUUUGAAUGAGGAUUAAAAAAAAAGAUUAGACCAUCAUGUAAAUCUACAGUAGAAAUUUUCCACUUCAAGAAAGGUCCUACCAGUAAAAAUAAUAAUAGUUAAAUAAGAAACAAAAAAAGUCUGGUGAUGUGUAGAAUCUUGUAUUCCCUAAAAGUAAACGUCCGUCUUUAUGCAUGUGAUGUAGAUAUACAAAAUAUUUUUUGUAUGUAAGAAGACUGUUAUAUAUCUACUUUGCGCUGAUGAGUCAGAAAUUGAUCCAUCUCAUAUAGCACAUUUUCACAUGUUGAUUCCUCCUAUCCUUGUUUCCGGUCUUCAUGCCAUGCAGUUAAGCUGGAAGCAUAUUUAAAGAAAGAUGAAACAUGCACAUCGUCACUGAUGCAAAGCACCACUGUUAUUUACUUCUAUUUGUUGAAAAUAUUAAGUGAUAAUAUAUUUUUGGAGGCUGUCUGCAGGAGUGAUGAAUCUGCUGUCAAAUAACCCUUUGGGGACCUUCUUGCUAUCUUUCUUACACCGAGAUGUGACUGUGAAAGGACAGAGCUGUGCGUCUCUCUAUAGAGGAGAGAGAACAUGUCUGGAUUGUCUUAACUGAGCAUUCAUUCACAACACUAAACUAAUGAUCAUUUGAGCACCUUUAUUAUAAUAUAUAAUGUUAAACUAAUAGAAUGCCAAAAUAUGACUUUAACAUGCAUAGUCUUUUAUUCAUUAAGAAGAUAAUAAAUUUAUUUUCCUUACUAGUA